ACACACAAGCUAUUGCUGCGCAGCAGUGGGAGACCCCAAGCGCCACUCCCAGAGGGGGAAUCACAUCGCUAAAUUCCAGAUCUCUGCAGGUUGGAGGAACAUUUCCAGUAGCGCCCACUUGCCUUGUGCCCUGCAUAUAGCGCAGCUCCCUGCCCGUAUAUACAUACAGCUGUCACAGCAUUGGAACAUUCCUGCGCACUGAGCGCUCCUCACAGGGAAAUAGCGCUCCGCACUAGUACCGCUCCUUCACUUGUGGAAGACGAUGGUGCGACCUGCUGCUACGGUCGGUUGGUGGUUUCUUGGCUUUUUGCUGCUUCUUCUCCCCCAUCCAGGGACCCCCUGGUACAAGCAUUCGGCCAGCCCCCGAUAUCACACAGUGGGCAGAGCUUCUGGACUUCUGAUUGGGGUCCGCAGGUCGCCUUAUUUAUGGAGAAGACAAAUGACAGAGGACAAAGUUGAAGAGAACCAGCAGAGAGAAGUUGAGGGCAUGAAGGUGACACAGGGUGCAGAGAGAAGCAACUUCCUUUCAGAUCCCAGGGAGACCCCUGAGAGGUGGGAGAAGCAGCUGGAGCAAGAGAGGAGCCUGGAGGAGGUGAGAAGGGACCUGCAGGAGAAAGAAGAAGAGCUCCAGUGGAGCAGGAGAAGCCUUCAGGGCUCAGGGGAGCAGAAGAGGAGACUUCCCUCACCAGCAGAAGAUCUGGGUCUAUACAAAGAGGAAAGAAGCACCUUCCCAGGAGGAGAGGACCGACCUCCAGCCUUGGACAACUUCUCUGUACCAGAGGAACAGGGGACAGGGGACCAAGAGAGGGAGCUGCAAAUGCAGGGGGAGUCCAACCAGCCAUGGACUAGGCAAAGUAGGGCAGAUCUUCACACUUUGGACACUGAGAGCGUUCCCUCUGGAUCCUGGAAUGAGGACCAUAUCUCCUGUGAUGACUUCAAACUGAUUUUUUACAAGUUCCUCUGUCAAUCCAGCCUCCGCUUUUUGUCUCAGACCCCACUGAGAGCCAGAAGACAGAGAAGUACAACAGAUGAACUUGAAGGGCUCCAUUAAAAACACAUAGGCCGUUGGACUCAAGGUUGAACUCAAUGUGGUUCUUGUCAUUGACCAAACUUAUCUGUAUCCAUUGGUGCAACCAUUAAGGUUAAUGCAUGUGGUAUGGUGUCUAUUAGCCAAAUAAUAUGUUAGGAUGUUUGCAUUUUUGUCCCUAUAAACUUUCUCCACUCCUGGUCGGCCCUUGGACUCAAUUCCCCAACAGGACAAGUUGUAAUUGCUCCAGUUGAGUAGAGGGAAACUUGCUAAGUUUUUCUCUGUCAACUGAUUAUUCAUUCCUAUGUGAACAGGUGAUUUUGUAAAAAUGGCUGACAAUAUAUUUCAAAGACUGGCCUGUAUACAGUGUCAGACUUGGAUGCCAGGGGCCCACCAGAAAACCUUAGACCACAGUCCUAUUUUCAGUACUAUUUUAUCUCCUUUCCUUUAUUCUCUUUGUCUAUUCUACAUCAGGACCGCAACUAGGGGUAGGCAGAAGAGGCAGCUGCCUAGAGUGCGACGAUUAGGGGGCACCAGACA